CGGAGAGAGACGAACUGAAGAGUGUUUUGUCGAAGGGAGUAGCGACUUACGGAGUUACGGCAUAGAGACGAGGACGGGGAGGCCUUAGUGGAUUUUGAUGACGAUGUCCAGUCCGAUCAGGAAACUCAGGAAAACAACCUUUCUGGCAAUCUUGAGGAUGAUGGAUGGGACCAGAUGGAGCACGAACAAUUGCAAACUCCGGUUUAUGCUAAUGAUUACAAAUCAAAGUCCCAAAAGCGGUUGAUUAAGAAGUCUGAUGGGAGAGAGAUUGUUCCAGAUCAUGGGUUUGCAGAUGAGGAUACUUAUGGCGGUGGUUAUGAUGAUGGCAUCCCAGAGAUGGUAAGGGAUGAUUCUGAUGGACCUGAAUCCUCCUAUUCUGGCAUUGGGAAGAGGAAGCACAUUGAUGAUAAUGGUGGGGAAAAAAGGAAAGAAAAGAAUCCGAGGGAGAAAGUGGACAAAGGUGGUAAAAAAUUUAAAUUGAAGAGUGGAGGGCACACAAGUGCACACAGGAGGGGCAAAGAGGGUGAUCAGGAGCUGUGGGACACUGUUGCUGGUGGUGAUUCUGAGGAUGAUCGCGAUGGUGUCAAGACAAUGAAUGAUGACAACUUCAUAGAUGAUAGUGGUUUGGAUCCUGCAGAUAGGUAUGGAAGUGAUCAUGAACCACAAUCUCCUGGAACCUAUCCACAGGCAGAAGAAGGUGAAGAGGACGAUGAAAUAAAGGAACUAUUCAAGAUGGCAAAGAAAAAGAAGAAAAAUGAAAAAAGUGCUCAUGAAAUUUCAUUAUUAGUUGAAAAUGUAAUGGCUGAACUAGAAGUUGUUGCAGAAGAAGAUGCUGACUUGAAUAGACAGUCUAAACCUGCUAUCAUUAAACUCAAAAAGCUGCCUCUUCUUACUGAUGUCCUGUCAAAGAAACAACUUCAACAAGAGUUUUUAGACCAUGGAGUGUUGACGCUUUUAAGGACUUGGCUUGAGCCCCUUCCAGAUGGAAGCCUGCCCAACAUAAAUAUUCGUGCAGCAAUCUUAAAAAUCUUAACAGAUUAUCCAAUUGAUUUAGAACAGUAUGAUAGAAGGGAGCAGUUGAAACAGAGUGGUCUUGGAAAGGUAAUCAUGUUUCUUUCAAAGUCGGAUGAAGAGACCACGGCUAAUCGGAAACUUGCUAAGGACUUGGUUGAUAAAUGGUUGGAUCUAAGGGUGGAAAAGUGUGUCAAUGGCUUAUGCAACUGUGAGAGUGGGGGAUGGAGGAGCAGCUUCAUCGACAAGCUUCACAAGCAACGACCAUCUGACUAUUGGUGAAGAUCUGAGCACGAAGAUCCAAAGAUCUAAUGAAGGUGAAGAUAUGAAGAUCUGAUGAGCAGCGACUUCAUCGGUGAACAUCAUCUCGGUGAAGAUCCGAGGAAGAGGUGCUUGUGGGAGCGAUGGAGAUUUGAAACAUGAAGUUCACAGAUCGGAUUGAAGUGGGGAGGAUGAAUGGUUGACAGAAGAAAGACUGUCAAGAAAAAGGUGGAGACAGGGGUAUUAUAGGAAAGUCAAUGAAAAAAAUCAACUUUUCUUAAACUCCCUGCCCGGUCAAACCGGGAUUUUUUUUGGACGGAGGGAGUAUAUGUUUUCGUAUUCAUUAUGUAAUAGAAUUUCAUAAAUAAAAUGAGGUUGAACAAAUAAUUUUUUUAUGUUCGGACACAUGGUUUCUUUUCUCUUAUGUUCUUCCUAAUUCUGUUCAUAUUUUCUUUCCCGAGCAUUUUGUAUUCCAAACAUAAGGCUGAAUAAACAAUAACAAAAGGACAAAAGACUUUUGUGAGUUUAUUGACACUCCACCCACCAAAUUAGUCCCCACAUACCUUCCAUGAAUGACCCAAUAUAAGGCCAAUAAAACCAACCAUCACCCAUCCCCUUUGUCCCCCAUUAUUUCCCAAGAAUCAUCACUUAUUUCCUUGUGAUUUUCCUCACUAAAGGACAAGCCACCAGCCAUGAAAAUCAAAGACCAAAUCCCUGAUUUCAUUCCAUUAAGAAAACAUAAACAAAUGGAUAUUAUUCUUGUGAUUUGUGAGUGGAUGUUUCUGGGAAGUUUCCCCCCUAUGUGUGUGUAUUUAUUUCGGCCUUAGGCCAUUUUGUGAGACUCAUAUUGUAAUUCCAUUUUCCAUUUAGUAAUACACUUGUUGUGUUUGC